AUGCCUGCCCUGAAAACACCUUACCCUCGACUCUCGGCGGCGGCCACACAGGAUACGAUCGAAGCUGCAUUCCUCGCCAGUCCGGAUGAUGUCGUGAAGUCAUACCUACUGAGCGUCACAUCUGAGCUUCUCGCCGUUCAAUCGUCGACAAUCUCACUUGGUGCUCCGUCUACUGACCGCUACAGCCCUUCUCUUCAGACACUCCACGAUCGUCUCCGGGCUGGAUAUGCUUCGCCCUUCCCCGGGCUCGAGAACCGCAACAAAGAGGGCUUCAACCGCGUAGAAAAGGCGUCGCGCAAAGCAACAGUAUCCCCGGCGACGGACCGACCAUUGGGAGAUUUCGAGGACUUGUACUACGCAAUCUUGGCAACGGUUAAGGAGAUGCACGAGGCCAUCAUCUUGAGGUUGAACAAUGGGUUCAGCGAUCCAAAUGCCGUGCUCUUUCCCACUUCGCAGUUCACCAUACACUUCUUCCAAGAAUGGCUAGUUCACCAGUGGACGAUCCUGAAUGAACCAUCUCUCGUCCUUGCUCUUGACGACGCGAGCCGGAAGUCCUUCGUAGAAGAUACCUUGUGUCGAGGUCUACGCACUCAGGUGGAAGACGGUGAGAUCACGCAGGAACAGGCAGAGGCCGCACGCGCACAACUAUACCGGUCGGAUGUCUUGGAAGAUAUGCCCGGCCUAAGCUGGGUUGGCAACGAACAUUCUGCAAUGAUCAACGGUCGAUUGAACGAGAAGUACCGUGUGGUAUUCCAAGCAAAGAAGGAGGCACGAGAGAAGAAGCAGAGGUGGGCGAAGAAAAAGGACAGAAUUCAGAAGACUGCCAAAACGAGUCCUAAGCCAACUGCUCGUCGAGGAUCCGGCGAGUACCGCCAACAGCAACAUUCGGUAAGCACGUUCUCCAUAGGGACGGAGGGACCGACGCCUCGUAGCGAGACAACCCAAGCGGAGCAGGGAUGCGGCCCAGCGUGGCAAUCCCAGCGAGUCGAUCAAACCCGUAGCGGUAUGCAAUCCUUGUCUCAGGAAGAAGUGCAAGCUUGGCGGCUCUACACCCAACAGCAUAUGUCUGCCCAACGUGAAGUUCAGCUCGAAGAUCACGAACGAGUCGUACGGCGCAAAACGUCCUUGAACCUCGGGCAGCUGGUCAACACGCAACAGCUUACGCACACUACCGCGCAAGCUAGCGCGCAAGCUACCACACCAGCCUUGGAUUGCUCGCACCACGAGGUGAACCCGUAUACGCCACACGCCCAGCAGAAUCAAGCGACACAGCCUCGCUUGCCACGCAUGCUGCGAGAGACACAUCCUCAGCACGUUAACCAAGAUGGACUGAGUUCAACCCAAGAGCAUGCCACUCCCGGGGCCAGCCCACGUGGGAUGAGGGCGCAGCGAGUGACAGCAUACCAAGCUUGGUUGAGGGAAUCUGCCAGUGACGGCGCGAGGUGGGUGAUGGGUCAGCCCAGCCAGAUCCAGCCAGGCAUGAGCGAUGCCUCACUGCAGGAAUUGGAAGGUAUGGAUGUGAGAAUGGACGUGGACGAUGGAGAUGAAUUCUGA